AUGUGCGCGGCAGACACCAAUGGCUCAUUACCUCGUCCAUCUUCUCAGCAGAGGUUGCCAUACCAGUCAGUCCAGGACCAUCUCUCAGAUUUCGGCGUCGAAUACAUUGAACUCACCUCCCCCGUCGCCUCGGAGCAGUCAAGAAUCGACUGCGAGACCAUUAGCAAGCUCAGGCUCAAGUCCAAGAUCCUGACUCAGGUCCGAUUCUCGUCCGAGGACUCGUUCCGUUCCGAUCUAGUCGACCUGCUCUCACUAUACAAGGCCGUUGACGCAAUUGCCGUGGAUCGAGUCCGUGUUGCUGAUACAGUUGGAUGUGCUACCCCUAGACAAGUGUUUGAACUGGUGCGUACGCUUCGUGGAGUUGUCAAUUGCGAUAUUGAAACCCAUUUCCACAACGACACCGGGUGUGCCAUCGCCAAUGCAUAUGCAGCGCUCGAGGCUGGUGCAACCCACAUCGACACGUCUGGCUGGAAUGCCAUCAAGUCCCGCUCUGAGCAACUUGGUCUGAGCAUGUCUGACGACCAAUACAAGAUUCUAACUGCCAAGAUUAAGCAAAUGGCUGAUAUUAGACCUCUUGCAAUCGAUGACACAGACUCAAUCAUCAGAGCCCACCAUCACGAGCUGGAAAACCCUGCAUAG